AUCGGAUUCAAAUAGUAUCGCGCGUUACUCAUUCGUAUAUCAUCUCGUUUUUUUUGCAGUCAAAUUUUACUAGAAAAGUUGCAGUUAUUAUGGCAGAAGAAUAUUUUGGUGUCCCCAGACUAAUGUGGGAAUCAGAACAUGAGUGGAGAGCUAGAUGUGCUUUCAUCGAUGGUAAUAAAGAAUAUUACACUGGAGAUCGCCUUGCCACCUUGUCAAUGAGUUGGUCAAACUGGAAAUUUAUGGGGUGUUCAUAUGGUAUGGAAGUACAAGCAAUUCUUGAAGAAUGUCACACACGAGUGUCUCCAGAAGUAGAUCGAGAUAUCAAUACAUUACGUGAAUUAGCACGUCCAAAGGUCAAGUUUGUCAAAUCAACUGGUGAAGACUUAGGAACACGCACUGGCCCACCCAGAGGUGGUAAUAUUGCAAAACGUCCAUGUGAGAUCAUUGAGAAUAUACCUUUAAAAAAGUCCAAAUGUACAAAAGAUGAAAAAACUAAUGAAAUUAUACAUGGCCUAGUUUUAUACUUUCCGUCUGUAACUAAUAACACUGAAUUGAACCACAUAUGUAUAUUAAACGAGAGUGUCCAAAAGAGUAAAAAAGUUGUACAAUUUAUAGAAAGGGAUGCAAAAAUCAGUUCGAAGAAUUUAGUUGAAUAUACCACUGAUGUUAUUAUCGAAGGAAAGUAUAUCGCUUCUGGAACAGGGACUACCAAAAAAGAAGCAAAACGUUGUUGUGCUGAGUCAGCGAUUGUUAAAUUGAAAUGGAGGCAACGUAUUGUUUAUAAAGCAGAAAUCAACCAUGAUCAUGUGGAAACUGUUGAGAAAGGACAACUUGUACGCGCAGCAUAUAUGAACGCAGAUAGACUGGACGAUAAUAAUGUAGGGAAUAAGUUGCUUCGAAAAAUGGGUUGGAGUGGUAGUGGGGGAAUUGGGAAAUAUAAACACGGUAUUUCAGAUCCAGUGUUUGUUGAUUCUAACGAACGAAGGGAAGGCGUCGGUCACCAGUUUUUGAAUCGCUGUAUCAGAAAAUCAACCGUUGAAGAAACAUUGUUGUCUUUCUUACAUGAUCGUGAAAGAUUGGAAAUGAAAUUUGCGUCAGAACUUUCAAGAGAAGACAGAGCAUUAGUACACAGGUUAUGUCAGAGGUAUCAUUUAAAACAUAAAUCGUUUGGGAAAGAUAAAGAUAGAUAUUUAGUUGUUAGCAAAAGUAAAGAAAUAAAUGUUUAAAUAGACGUAAUUCCUUGCAAUCUAUCAGUGAAGUUUUUUCUCUGUUCAUCUAAAACAUCUUUUUUUCAACCUACCUAGAAUAAUUAUGUUUGCGUCAUGUAAACAUAGAAUAAACUUUAUUUGAUCUCGGGAUUUUUAAGGAUGCUUCCAAAGUAAUUUUUUGAUUUCUUUUGUAAGUAAACCUCUCAUUGGAUAUGAAUUUGUAUAUAUUGAUAUAUUUAUUAAUUUUCACUUUUUCGGA